GUUCAGUAGUAUUCGUUCCUUUUUUGUGCACCGCUAGCAAAUCCUGCGAAAUAAAUAUUUCUAUUUGAUUUGAGUGUUGUUAUUCAAACGCUAUCAUCCUUUUUCAAAUAUAAAAUUUAAAUAGUGUUGUUUUCAUAUUCUAAAUGAAAUAUAUUUACAUAUCUAAAUAUUUUUAAAUAAAACAUAAAAAGAAAACUAUUUGGAAGGUACCUACAUUCAUACGUAUAUGUAUGUAGCUCUAAUUAAAUUUUUGCCACUUAAUUAAGUUAGUGCAAUAUGGAUAAGGAUUUAGAAAAAUUACAAUCUACAUCAGAUUUCAUUCUAAUUGUGAAAGAAGAAAGAGGAAUUUAUGAUUUUACAGAUCCUGAUUACAAAAAUGCUGAUAACAAAGCAUUAGCUUGGCAAAGAGUAGCUCAAAAUUCAGAUAUGACUGUAGAGGCAGCCAAACGUAGAUGGAAAAAUUUAAGAGAUAGUUACACAAAAUAUUUAAAAGCUGCCCGAACUCAAGACUCAAAGAAAUAUCAAUUUUGGGCACACGCUCAAACAAUGGAUUUUUUGAAACCGUUUCAAGGACCGUCAAGGUCAAGGAGAAAAGAGUAUUUUGAUAAUUUUCCAAUCGUAAAUGCAAAUGAAUUUGAAUCCAUGACUUAUGGUAAUGAUGAUCAAUCUUACAGCUUUAAUUCAAGGUCAUUUGAUAAAGCAAAUUUAAAUGGAAAUGAAGUUCAAAACAACACUUUCGACCAUCAAAAUUCUGUUUACAAUUUGAAUCAUAAUAUGGAUGAGCAACAAUACGAUUCUUCUUUUGAAAAUUUAGAAUAUCAAAAUCGUCAUAAAGAUAUAUCAGAAAGUGAAGACAAAAGAGGAGCUUAUAACAAAGAAACUGAAAAUACUUUAACGCAAUCCAACAAAAAAUUUGCUGUAAAAGCAACUGAUUUAGAUUCUACUAGUCUAUUUUUUUUAAGUUUGGCAAAGUCAGUUCGUAAAAUGCCCACUAAAUGUCAAGCAAGAUUAAAGGUUCAAUGUCUCCAACUUGUAAAUGAAAUGGAAGUAAAUUUAGAAAGUUCAAAAGAUUACUGUAAUAAAAGAACAGAUGCAAAAGGCAAACUAAAAAAGUCAAUGGAAAAUUCCGAACAUUUCACUUACGAGAUGUCACCAUCAAACGUUGAAGCUAUGAUUGAAAUCACUUCUUCUGAUGACGAACAAUUGAUAGACGGUGCGCCAAAUGUAGAAUGAAAUAAAUAUAUAGCUAAUUUUGUAAAAAUCUAUGAAACAUACUUUUGCUGUGUAAAACAAGUAGGCACAAAAAAGCACAUGGAAGUAUAUUCCUGGACUAACGUAAAUUUAAAAUGUAGCUUAUUAAUAAAUUUUUUUUCCAAAC